AUGGCUCUCCUCGCACUUGUAGAGGACCGCCCUACGCCCAAGGCGGUGUACAACUGGCGCGUCUACUUCUGCGCCAUCAUCGCGUCCUUUGCCAGUUGCACCAUUGGUUACGACUCUGCCUUUAUCGGAACCACCCUCGCGCUCCAGUCCUUCACCGAAGAAUUCCAGUUCUCAACCUACAGCAAGGAGGGUUUGGCUCUUCUGAAGUCCAACAUUGUCUCCGUCUACCAAGCCGGCGCCUUCUUCGGAAGUCUAUUCGCCUAUGUUAGCAGUUACUUCCUCGGCCGCAAGAAGAGCUUGAUGAUUUUCACCACAGUCUUCCUGCUGGGUGCCGGUAUGAUGCUGGGCGCCAACCGUGAGCGAGGCCUUGGUCUCAUCCUUGCUGGGAGAGUUCUUGCCGGUAUCGGUGUAGGCGGCUGCUCCAACAUGACGCCCAUCUACAUCUCUGAGCUUUCGCCCCCCGCGGUCCGUGGACGUCUUGUCGGAAUCUACGAGUUGGGAUGGCAGAUUGGCGGCCUCGUCGGCUUCUGGAUCAACUAUGGCGUCGAUUCGACCCUGGCGCCCAGCCACUCCCAGUGGCUUAUUCCGUUCGCUGUCCAGCUGAUUCCCGCCGGCCUCUUGCUCAUCGGAGCCUUGUUCAUCCCCGAGUCACCCCGUUGGCUCUUUACGAAAGAAAGGCGAGAGGAAGGGCUGAAGGCACUUUGCUGGAUGAGAAACCUGUCCCCCGAUGACCAGUACAUCAUUGAGGAAAUGAACUACGUUGAUACCGAGCUCGAGCGAUACCGCACUGAAGUUGGCAUUGGUUUCUGGAAGCCUUUCGCGUCUCUCAAGAACCGCAAGGUCCAGUGGCGCUUCUUCAUCGGCGGCAUGCUCUUCUUGUGGCAGAACGGCUCUGGUAUCAACGCCAUCAACUACUACAGCCCAACGGUCUUCAAGAGCAUCGGCAUCACCGGCACCAACACCGGCUUCCUGACAACCGGUAUCUUCGGCGUUGUCAAGACUGUCGUCACGUUUGUAUGGCUUCUCUGGCUUAUCGACCAUCUCGGUCGCCGCAACCUCCUUCUGAUCGGCGCCAUUGGCGGUUCCCUCUGCAUGUGGUACAUCGGCGGCUACCUCGCCCUUAACCCGCCUUCGGCAAACACAGGUGGCGGCCUCUCCAACGGCGGCAUCUCCGCCAUGGCCUUCUUCUAUCUCUGGACAAUAUUCUACACUCCUUCAUGGAAUGGCACUCCUUGGGUCAUCAACUCCGAGAUGUUCGACCAAAACACGAGAUCGCUCGGACAAGCAAGUGCAGCCGCCAACAACUGGCUCUGGAACUUCCUCAUCUCGCGUUUCACUCCGCAGAUGUUCAAUGCCUGGGACUACGGGGUCUACUUCUUCUUCGCCUCCCUCAUGAUCUGCUCGGCCGUCUUCAUCUUCUUCCUCGUGCCGGAGACGAAGUCUGUGCCUCUGGAGAUGAUGGACCGCUUGUUCGAGAUCAAGCCGGUGAGAAAAGCAAACAAGAUCAUUAUGAAGGAGUUGACGGGUGUGGCCGACUUCAGAAAUGACUCCGAGGAUGGCAUCAGAGAGAAGUCCGACGAUGCCGAGAUAAACCAGGUAGAGAGGAAGGAAAGCGCUUGA